AAUAGGUCAAAUAACAUUUUGAGGUGUCUUUCAUCUGAUGAAAUUCCCUUCCUCCUUUGAAAAUAAUUUCUCCAAAAGUGGAUCGGAUUGUACUUUAGCAAUCUUGUCUCUUUUGAGCCAAGCGAACAGACGGCCACUUGCAUGACGUGACGUCAAAGCUCAAGUUUGUGUUAUGAAGUAUUGCUAGGCUAGGUUGUGUUAGCUAAUUGCUACAAGGGAGAAACGAUAAGCCUGGCUGUGGAACUGCAAGCCAACAUCGAUUUUCUCAUGGUGUUACUUGGAUUUUUUCGUCCCCCCUCAUGUUUGUUGUGUCUUGUCGGUAAGAGAUGCAUAGUGGGGAGACCGAUAUAGGGUUUGUGCAGCAAAUUCUCAGCUUGAAUUUGGUUCCAAGAAAACAUGGCCCCAAUUGCGCCAACGAUACAUCUCUGUGCGACUUCUCAGAGAUGUGGUAUGGCGUGUUCCUGUGGACGGCUGUGUCAUCGCUGAUGUUCCACCUGCCGGCCGCUCUGCUGGCUCUCUUCACUCUGCGGCAGCACAAGAUGGCCCGCUUCAUGCCCAUCGCUAUAGUGCUCAUGGGCGUCAUGGGGCCGCUCACCGGGGGAGUCCUCACCAGUGCGGCGAUCGCAGGUGUGUACAAGGCGGCGGGGAAGCGCAUGAUCUCUCUGGAGGCGCUGGUGUUCGGCGUGGGCCAGUCCUUCUGCAUCCUCAUCAUCUCCUUCCUCAGAGUGCUAGCGACGCUGUAGCACACGGCCCCCGCAGGCAGCACAGCACAGCACAGCACAGCUCAGCGCCACCCAGUGGGCCGGAGGAUGGGGUGGGCCAGUGGACGCAAGGAAGAGCACGAGAGGGAGAGAGAAUGAUAGUGAUGAGAGACUAUAUGCAAUCAGUGUUCACUCGUGGAGAGACAGGACACCUUAUGCAAGACUCAGCUGCACUCUGCAGAGGCCUUAUACCCCUUACUUACACACGUCAAGACCUGGAGCCCACUAGCUCUCCACACAACCUUGUUCCUUCUUUAAAGUGACACCGGGUUUGUUUUUGUUUUUAUUUUUUGUUUGUUUGUUUUGUUUGGGUUUCUUUUGUUUUUGUUUUUUUUUUUGUUCUUUUAAAGUGACUUCUUGAGAAAGUGGGUACAUCCUUAAGUCCACUGAAGGAGUGUGGUCAUAGGAGGAGGAGACCAGGUCGGGUCAGCCGCACGUCUCAAUGCGGUGUGAUGGGAGGCGUCUUGCACACAGCCCACUUUGAUGGAACACGGAACAUUCCAGAAUGGAGAGAGGGAGAGCAUGAGCGAGAGAGAGAGAGAGACGAGGCAGACAUUCUGAAGCCUUUUUUGUUACAGCGUCUCUCUCUGCAUUAGAGGUCAUCUCUCUUUUAGAACAAGACCCUAGGAAGAGUUCUGUCUUGCCUCCUCCUCAACCAACUUGUGGAGCUGCCCCUAUGUUACAGAAUGUAUGCAGCAGCCGCUAGAGACGGUCACUGACUGACUGACUAUGAUGAUGAUGAUGAUGAUGAUGAUGAUGAGGAGGAGGACAGUGGAGUUCAGCGUUGAUUUCAUUCCAGCUCCAAGCCUUUUUCCUCCUGCUCCUCACCCUCUGUGCUCAACGCCAUCGAUCAUGUUUCGAGUAGACACGCGCGACGCGAGUGGAACGAAUUGUACAUAUGAAAACCCAUUCCAGCUUCCUCAUUUUAAGGGGAUAGGUGUGUUUGUGUGUGUGCGUGUGUGUGUGCGUGCGUGCGUGCGUGUGUGUGAUUAUAUGUGUUAUUCAGCCGGAAACCACGAAGAGCCAAAUGAACAUGUAGAGCUCAGUAUCGUCUUUGAAAGAGAAACUAAAAGCAUAUGAUUAACACUGUACACAUUACAGGUGUAUUGACGUGAGGGUGUAGGCAGCAUAACUUCUGUAUAUCACGCCCUCCCCGAGUCAGGAACAAAUCAUAUUUAAUCUCAAGAGGUUUAGAAACGUAUAGGAUUUUUUUUCUGUUGUCUCAGGUUGUUAGAUUGUGUUCUUCAGAAAGGCAACUUGCCCUCUGUUUUUUUUUACCGUAACAUUCUGUGAGGGUUUUCCUCUCUCCUCUCCUCUCCUCUCUACCGCACUAAAUUGGGCCUUGUUUAAUUUGUGCAGCAUCUUGAACCUGCUCUUCGUCAUGUUUCAGUGUUUUGUUUGCUCUGUUCAGAAGCACCUGUUCUGACCUCACUCCAUACGCCUACAUGAAUGUGAAGCCCAUUUCUUUAAUCUCCUAGUUACUAAGCUUUCUUAAACCUUUACCAAAGAGAUCUUAACAUAUUGUACAGAUCUUGUACUUUCUUCUUCGGUUGAUUUUCUUUUGAGCUAUUUUGUUUCUGAUGUUUUUAACGAGGUGAUGGGGCGGGGGGUACAUUGCUGCAGUAAGUGGUUUAUUAACAUGGCAGAUCAUGCUGAUAACCCAACCCCAUGGGUUAUUAUAACCCAACGCCAAUGGCUAAACACCGCUAGAGAGCUUCACCCGGGAUUAUACAAAUCUCCUGAUUUCUUAACCAUUCACCCUCAUCCACUACAAAAUGAACUUCAGAAAAGACAUCCUCCCAUAUUUGCAACAGGUGCCGUGGAGGAAGGCGCUUAAACUUAUGGUUUCAUUAUUAAAGUUUUAAAGUUAAUAUUCUCAACAUUAGCCCAAGUUAUCCUGUGAGUCAAGUAACGGAACACGGUCAGGUCAGCUGAUCUCAGCUCAGAUGAGCUGGGAAGCGCUCAGGAGGUAUUCACGAUUUACCUGUUAUCCCUCUUGGGCAGAGGCAGGGCAUGGUGAGGUGGAGCGCUUGUCACAGUGGUUCUCGUGCUGGAUCUCAAAUGCUGCACUUGUGCACUUCGGGCACUAUGUUUCAGUGCGUAACUAAUAUGCCAUACAUACUGAAACAUGAACACUAAAGUGCACAAGUGCACCAUUUGAGAUUCAGGGUCGAUCUCCUUCAGCAGGCCUCAGGAAGCUAUUCAUGUGCAGAUCGUUCCAAACUGGAUAAAGCAAGGAGGUGUGUGAGUGUGUUAGUGUGUGGUGGCUGAUCUCAACUGAAAGCAGCCUUCAGUAGGCAGGCUGGUGGUGGUGGUGGUGGAGAUGGCCAUAUAGGCAGUAAACUCACUGGAAGCAAUGUGUUGCUAAACUGGGCCUAUGGUCUCUUGAUUCCAGAAUAUAUAUUUAUUUUUCUAAAGAUAUUUUAUCAUCCCUUAUCAAUUGUUGGAAAAAGGCUUAACAGUGCUGUUGAACAUUUCUUUGAUUGUUUUUGGAGGGAAACAUGAUUUUACUGUUAUUUAACAUGAUGUGGGUGUUCUUUUUUCUUUUCUAGGUAAGGUUGAUUUUAUUACUGUAAAUUAAGUGCCAAUUGUUAAUAUUUUCAUGUAAUAAAAUGUUUCAGAUUAUGAU